AUGGCAGUGGUGCAAUCCACUGCCAUGACUAUUGGUGGUAAGCCGAACAUGAUGAUCAAGCCAUACAAGCGCGAAUUACUGCAGGAUAUCGUCACUUGGGAUACUCACUCGCUGUUCGUUCGAGGUGAACGUGUACUGUUCUUCUCUGGCGAAUUCCACCCGUUCCGUCUGCCGGUUCCUUCGCUCUGGCUUGAUGUAUUUCAGAAGAUCAAGGCUCUGGGGUAUAACGGCGUUUCGUUCUAUGUCGACUGGGCACUCCUAGAGGGCAAGCAAGGCGAGUUCAACGCAAGCGGUAUCUUUGCCUUCGAGCCCUUCUUCGAGGCCGCUUCCACUGCCGGUAUCUACCUACUCGCCCGUCCUGGUCCUUACAUCAACGCCGAGGUUUCUGGCGGAGGAUACCCUGGCUGGAUGCAACGUAUCCCUGCUCUGCUAAGGACCAGAGACCCACUUUACCUGAACGCCACUCAAAAUUACGUUUCAAGCAUUGGGGCAAUCAUCGCCAAAGCUCAGAUCACGAACGGUGGGCCGGUGAUCUUGGUCCAGAGCGAGAACGAGUACACGUACGCGUCUAGCAGGGUGCCUGAGUUCCCAGACCCAGUGUACUUCGGUGCCGUCGAGCAACAGUACAGGGACGCAGGUAUAAUUGUACCAUUGAUUAACAAUGAUGCGUCCCCGCAAGGCAAUUUUGCUCCCAGCAAGCCGGCAGCCGUGGACAUUUAUGGCUAUGAUGGCUAUCCGCUUGGAUUUGACUGCGCUAACCCUUACACGUGGCCUGACCAAGCUCUACCCACAUACUUUCUCGGGAGCCAUCAGAACGACAGCCCAACAACUCCCAACUUCAUCGUCGAGUUUCAGGGAGGGUCUUUCGAUCCAUGGGGCGGCCCUGGCUUCCAAUCUUGUCUGGCGCUGUUGGGUCCAGAGUUCGAGCGUGUAUUCUAUAAAAGCGAUUUCUCGGCCGGGGUGACUAUGUUCAACAUCUAUAUGACCUACGGAGGCACGAACUGGGGAAAUUUGGGACAUCCAGGCGGCUACACAUCAUAUGACUACGCGGCCGUGAUUGACGAGAUGAGAGGAGUGGGACGUGAAAAAUACUCCGAGGCGAAAUUGGAAGCCAACUUUCUCCGGGCUUCUCCAGCUUACCUCACGGCAAUCCCACAGAGUCCUUACAACGCCAACGGCAGCUACACUAACAACAGCCUUAUCGCGACCACGCCGAUACUGGGCAAUGUCACCAACUUUUACGUUAUUCGUCACGCCGCAUACAACACGCUAGACACAACAGAGUAUAUGAUCACUUUGCCAACUAGCCACGGUGCUAUGACUAUUCCACAGCUCGGAGGUAACCUCUCGCUCCAUGGUCGAGAUUCUAAAUUUCAUGUCACCGACUAUGAUCUUGGCGGGAUCAACUUACUUUACUCGACUGCUGAGAUCUUCACCUGGAAACAGUAUCACAACAACAGAGUCCUUGUGGUGUACGGCGGUCCUGGCGAGACUCAUGAAGUUGCCGUGUCUAACGGUGGCAAGGCAACGGUCACUCAAGGUUCGGGAGUGAAGACUGCACAGCGUAAUGGUGUCACUGUGCUGAACUACCAGACGAGUCCCGACACCAGGGUUGUGCAUCUGGCCAACGGUGUGGCGGUGUAUCUUCUUGACCGCAAUACAGCAUAUGAUUACUGGGUUGUCAGCUUGCCGAACGAUUCGGUGUCCGGCAAUUUCACCAAUGCAACUUAUGAGGUGUCGGCUCCCAUCGUCAAGGCCGGCUAUCUUAUCCGUACAGCGACAGUCGCCGAAAGUUCCAUCCAUCUCAUUGGAGAUAUCAACGCAACUACUGAUAUUGAGGUCAUUGGUGGCGCUCCACCACAGACUACCGAGAUCACGUUCAAUGGAGAGGCCCUCAACUUCAAGCAGGGACGCUAUGGUGUCGUUUCAGCCACAGUCAAAUACAAGACACCCAGACUAGCUCUUCCUAACCUCAGCAACAUCGGCUGGAAAGUCGUUGACAGCUUACCGGAAGUCCGACCAGGGUACGACGACAGCCUAUGGACUUCAGCCACCCUGACUUCCACCAACAACACUGUCCGCAACCUCACCACUCCUCAAAGCCUCUAUGCAAGUGACUACGGAUACAACACCGGUGUCCUGCUCUACCGUGCUCACUUUGUUGCUGAUGGGAACGAGACGACGUUCUAUGUCCAGACCCAGGGUGGUUCAGCCUAUGGCCAUAGCGUUUGGCUCAACCAGACAUUCCUUGGCAGCUUCUAUGGAGGCGACAAAUACAGCAGUUGGGGCUCAACUUUCAACCUAUCGGCACUUACAUGCGAAGAGAAUUAUGUCUUUACAGUCUUGAUCGACAAUAAUGGAUUGGAUGAAGACUUCCAGGUUGGCAGCGAAGGUAUGAAGGAUCCGCGAGGUGUGCUUAACUACAAUUUGGCGGGCCACGCGGCAACAGAUCUUUCCUGGAAACUUACAGGAAAUCUGCACGGUGAGGACUUCGAAGAUCGUACCAGGGGCCCACUGAACGAAGGAGGGCUGUACGCGGAACGACAAGGCUGGCACUUACCUGGCGCACCGACAUCGACUUGGGCCAGUUCCGCACUUGGACCAAUGGAAGGCCUGACGAAGGCUGGUGUGAAAUUCUACUCGACUACGUUCGACCUCAACCUGCCCGCCGGCUACGAUAUCCCACUAUCAUUUAGCUUCUCUAACGCCACUACGAAUGCUGAUGGUACUGUAUCCAGCUACAGAUCCAUGAUCUAUGUCAAUGGCUACCAGUUUGGUAAGUAUGUACACAACAUUGGCCCACAGGACAACUUUCCUGUCCCAGAGGGUAUCUGGAAUUAUCACGGCAGCAACUACGUCGCUGUCGUGCUGUGGUCUCUCGAAGCGGCGGGUGCCAGGGUCGGCAAUCUGAGCCUAGUAGCAGGUCAAGCGUUACAAAGUGGGUUCGGUCCAGUUGCUCUAAGCCCUCUUACCGGCUGGCAGCCAAGAGCAGGAGCUUAUUGA